AUGAGUACUCCGAAGAAUGCUCUGAAGGAAGAUGCGAGCACUAACGCGAUGGAUGGCAUUCAUGAGCAUGGAGGUAUAGUAAAUAAUGGUCGUAAUGGCGAUACUAAGAAAGUACCCGAAUUAACUCACAUUACAAAUAAUAUCAUUCCCUUGUCCCUGGUGUUAAAAUUCUAUACUCAGGAAGCCUAUAAACAACUUUUGACUAUGAUUGAAUCUUUGGCUAAUGAAAGUGAAACAGAGCCCGAUGUCAAGAGAAAAAAGAAGUUCUUGCAGUUGAUCAUCUCCUUGAGACAGGAUUUUGUCAAGCUCUAUACUUUGGUUAAGUGGGCUAGUAAGUCUAAGGAUGUUUCCAAGUUGAUUGAUAUUUUAAACUGGCUCAGGACACAAGAAUUCUACUUCGAUAAUUUAGGACUCGGCUUGAAUGAAUUGAAUAGGUUCUCUGGAGCGAAGCUACCAAAUGCCGACAUUGUGACUAGCUUGGAAGUAUUUCUCAAAGGUCGGCCUCAAUUGCCAUCUUACAACCUCAUUGAAACUCCUAAAAUCUCAUCCGAAAAAAUUUUAGAGGUAUUACGAGACCUUAACUUGGUCCUUCAAACAAGAAUGGCGUUGAUAGAAAAUAUCCCCAAAAGGCUUCUUCAAAACUAUACAAUUAAAGAUGGAAGAAUAUACUUUACCAUUCCUGAUGAGUUUCAAGUAUCUGUUACCAUAGCCAAUGACCUAAUUGUAGAAUCUGAUGAUGAUUAUAAUAAAUCUCCCUUUUUUUUCAUUGAUUUUAAAUUUUUGUUUGGGAUUAAUCCUGACAACUUCUUGAUUACUUAUAGGAACAACAAGGUAAUAACGGAACUACCUUCCUCGUCUCAUCAGCACUUGGAAAAAGUCAUUAAUAAUACGCUUCUUCAUGAAGGACUUCGUGGCUUAUAUGAUGUUUGCCAUAAAUAUUGCAUAUCUUUCAAGUUGUAUCUAAUUACUAGGCAAUUAAGAGACUUGUCUCUAAAUACCAAGUGGAGAAAUAACAUCCAAUUUAAGUAUCAAAAUGCGAAAUCCUUGAUCAUUAUAAACUAUUGGUCGUCCCAUUAUCUAUCAAGAAAUUGGAAAUCAUUUAUAGAAAUAGGAAUUGACAAAACCUACAACUUGAAUUUCAGAUGGUUUAAAAAUGGUCGCUAUGUUUUAGACCAUGGGAUUUCAGGCAUUUUUGAUAAAGGAUCUUCCCAUUUCGAGAAUAAUAACGAUGAGCAAAAUGAUGAGUUGCAAGAUCUCAGCAUCGAUUUACUUAUUAGCAUUAUCGCUAAUAAGCAUGCAGAAUCAUUAAUUUCUCAAAUUCAUAGUGCUUUUAACAAAGCGUUGUCUUCUGAUAACGAACAUGCUUCCCACAUUGGUCCACAUCAGUUGCAGUUAAAGCUCGCACCCAACAAAUCUGCUAUAUUUGCGAUCAACCCGUUGACGGGCUUUUUCUAUUUCACUGAGCCAAAUGCUGCUCAAAAUCAACUUUGUAAAAAGAAUAACAAUCCACCUCAUAAUGUUAGUUCUUCCUCGUUCUAUAAAGAAGAAGAUAUGAUUAAAAGUAUCGUCAAUAACCUAGUUUCUUUAAGAUUAGACACUGUUAACAAAAUUAUAAACUAUCGGUUGAUCACCACGGGUUGGAUUGCCAAUGAUGUCAUUAAGAUUCUAGAACAUGAUGCGUCCCAAAUAUUGGGCAAUAACGAAUCUCCGCAGGAUUUUGGUAAAGUACAAUUUUAUAGGAGGAAGAAUUGGCCGUCGAGUUGGUUUUUAAUAUAUGUGAUCAAUGGAAAAACCUCUGCUGCCUGCUGGUGGGUUGCUAGGAUUAGAUCGAUUAAAGCUGAGUGGAAGCUUCAAUGGACAUCUAAGUUAUCAGAUCAAGAAUCAGAAUUGGGCUAUGUAUUUUUCCACAAGUUAUCAGAUUUAUGUUCUAGCAAGAUAAUAGAUCACAUGUUAUUAGAAGAACUCGAGACAAAACACAUUAAGUUUCUUAUUAAGGAUCACGCUCCAGAUUUUAUGAGAAAAUAUAAUAUCGAACCUUCAAAUGAAGAUGAGAAAUCGAUGAUUUACGAUUCAAUGAUUGUACUAUUUAAUGAUGGAAACUUGCUACCCAUCUACAACUCGUCUACAAGUUUGUUUCUAAAAAUUGUAGUAUUAAGGUCAAAUAAUUCAACUUUGAUGAACUUGAAGUUAAUGGGAACUUUGAGAAAUUUACCUAUCAAAACAUUCCAAAAAUGCUUUAUUAAAUUAGGUUUAACUAUAGGCGAUGAUCAAAGUUCCUUUAAUAUCAAUGAUCUGAUUGAUUUGACUGAUACUAUUAAUGAAAAUUCUUCAGGUGUUAUGUUAUUAGAUUCCAUAUUUAGCAGCUUGACUAGACUAAAGGAACUUAUAAGAAUUGUGGAUCAACUCUAUAAGAAUGACAUCAAAAUUGUUGAAAAUACGAUGGACUCAAUUGUUUUACAAAUAGAUGACGAAAUGCCCAAUUUAGAGAUCAAGCUACCUGAAGAUAGUAAUGAAUCUAUUAGAUUACUGAAAAAUGUGAAAUCUGAUGGUCUGCAAUACGAAAUAUCUUUACUUUUGGAAUUUUUGAACUUAUAUCUCAAUGAAAAGAUAACAGAUUACUCAAUCAUAGGAAUCAUAAAAUAUUUAAAAGAAGUUGUUCCAGUCAUCAAAGCUAUAAAAUCUACGAAGCAAGCGAUUUCCAAAAAUUCGGCAAGGUUGAGCAACGGGCUCCCAAAACUUAUCUUCGAAAUGAAGAUAACUAACUUGAAUUUGAUUCAAGUCAUAUACUAUCUUAAUUACACAAACGCUAAUGCUCCGAAGAAGAUGACUAAAAGCAAAAUAGUCGUUAGCUUAUCAUUUAGGCUCAACAAAUUCAGUGUGAAAAAACAAAGUCUUUUAAAACUAUCUUUGAAGGACAAUUUGAAUUCAAAGAACCUUAAACACAAACAGCUCUUUGAGCAAAUAUUUAAGGCAAUAAAUGAAUAUGAACAAUCCACUAAAAAUUCACUGCUUGUUAAAGUAAUGAGACUUAAUUAUGACUUUUUAGUGGAUUUUCGAAGUGUUAAAGUCUUAAUGCUGAGAAUAACUGAUUGCUGUAUACUCUAUUCUCAGGGGCUUUAA